AUGAAGCAACAACUGAGAAAUCCAACUUCUCACCUGCUAGAUCGAUCUGAACCAUGUAAUGGGAGCACUGCGGAACCACUUACAGUUAUAAAGCCCGUGUCUGGGCCUGACUCUGAAGUUGUAGCAUUGUGGAAUUUAGCUGGUACGAAGUCCGGUAAACGUCAAACCCGGCCAAAGCGCACUCGCAACACAUCAAGCAACAAGAUCAAGAUAAAAGAACCGACUCCGACGCGCACGACUCGGCAAUCGCGUCGCCGGAGGACCAGUGAGAGCGGUAGUGAAGAAACAGCAGCGAGCUCUAAUACGAACAGAAGUACGCCUGUCACUGAAACACUCAUCACGGCGAAAUCUGAGGCUCAGGGAGACGAAGGCCCUGCGCCGACUCCUGCGGAACCUAGUCCACCUAUGGACGACUUCAAUGCAAAAUAUCGAUCCAAACGUUGCUUGCUGAGGACGCGUCUAUUGCCGCUGCAUCAAACUGCGGUCCCGCGAUGA